AUGGCCGCCAAGCCUCUUUCAGAGAUCUUCGCUGAGCGAGCAGUCGAGCUGCGCAAAUACAUCUUCGACCAACCAGCCUCCACAUUCACCAAUAAUCCUUGGGCUCUGGCCAACGCCAUUGAAGACUUUGCCAAUCAGGUUGGGCACAUGAUGAUCUUCAGAAAGUCAAAACUCGAUGUCGCUCGCGAGCAACUCCUCGCGCAGCAACCAGCACCACGAACAAUCGUCGAAUUCGGCACUUUCGUUGGUAAAUCAGCACUCGCAUGGGGUGCUAUUCUGCGCGAUAUCCACGGUGAAACUGUACCAGAAGAUGUCAAUAUCUAUACAUUUGAUCCAGAUGCGCAGAUGGUCGAAUUGACUCGCGAGUUUGUGAAGUUGGCGGGUGUUGAAGAUUUCGUACAUGUCUUGCAGGGGCCGGGCGCGGAUUCGCUGAGGAAAUUAAAUGCCGAAGGCAAAGUAACCACUGUCGAUAUGGCAUUCUUCGAUCAUUGGGAGAAGUUCUAUGUCUCGGAUCUGAAGCUGAUCGAAGAAUUGAAGCUCUGGCGUGUUGGGUCGUUGGCAAUUGCUGACAAUACUGAUUUCCCCGGUGCGCCUGAUUAUCUCGAAUAUGUCAGGGCUGGUGGGAGCGGGGAGCCUGAAUCGGUUAGAUAUCAGACAAAGUCUUUUGAGACUACUGGGAAGAGAGGUGGUCCGAGUAUUGUCGAGGUGAGCACCGUUAUGGCACUGGAGUGA